AUGAACUCGACUGCUGCGUUUGAUCAGAUAUACGUGUCGAAGAGUCCCUAUGGGUUCAUGCAUGCGGCGGUGGAACCUCCUGUGGUUGUCAAUGCAAGGAAAAAUUUGCUACCGUACGUCUCUGACGGAAUCUUAGCUCUGAUUGCGCCUGUGGUUGCGUACUGGACAUUCUCGCUCUUUUUCCACUUGAUUGACACGUUGUGUCUGGCUGAGAAAUACAGGAUCCAUCCCAGUGAAGAGAUUGCGUCAAGAAAUAGGGCUGGCCGGAUCGAGGUUCUUUGUGAGGUGAUCUUUCAGCAUAUUAUUCAAAGUGCGGUUGGAUUUGCAUUCCUGCUGUUCGAUGAGGAGCCAACUACUGGGUUUGAGCAGAAUGCCAUGUGGGUUUUGAGACAGCAGAUCCCAGCUGCUGUGCCAGACGCCGUUGUGUAUUACCUGUACACGUAUGGAUUGUCUUUCGUCAAGCUACUGGUUGGUUUUGCCAUCAUUGACACUUGGCAAUACUGGCUGCACCGGCUGAUGCAUACAAGCACUUCGUUGUACAGAAAAUUCCACUCCAGACACCAUCGUCUGUACGUCCCAUAUGCUUAUGGUGCGUUGUACAAUGCUCCUUUGGAAGGAUUUCUGUUGGAUACCUUGGGUACUGGUAUCGCUAUGACGGUCACUGGCUUGACCCAUAGAGAGCAAAUAGUCCUAUUCACUUUUGCUACGUUGAAGACCGUGGACGACCAUUGUGGAUACGCGCUGCCAUUCGAUCCAUUCCAGAUCAUUUUCCCCAACAACGCUGUGUACCACGAUAUUCAUCAUCAGCAUUUCGGGAUCAAGACUAAUUUUGCCCAGCCAUUCUUCACCUUCUGGGAUACUCUAUUUGGCACCAACUUCAAAGGUUUCGAGGAAUACCAGAAGAGUCAAAGACGUGUCACGAUUGACAAAUACAAGCAGUUCCUAGCCGAAAGAAAGUCUGCUAAGGUUACGAAGUGA